UUGAUGGAAAACUACACCUACAACAGCUACACCCUCCAGGUGGAGGGGUUAAAUGUUUCAAAAGAGUCUAUGUACCCUGUCUUUCUGUUUUUCUUUUUCUCCUACGUGUUUAUAAUGGUCGCAAAUGUGAGUAUCGCUGUUCUGGUUCUAAUUGACAAAAACCUGCACGAGCCCAUGUAUCUCCUUUUUUGCAGUUUGUCCUUUAAUGACAUCCUUGGAAAUUCUAUCUUGGUGCCCCGUUUGCUUAUAGACAUGUUGAGGCCUCCCUCUGAACGCCUCAUCAGUUAUUAUGAAUGUGUGGUCCAAGCUUUCACAACACAGAUGUUUGGUACAACUGCUCACACUGUACUCAUGAUUAUGGCCUUUGACAGAUAUGUGGCCAUCUGUAAUCCCCUGCGCUAUGCUGUCAUAAUGAGCAGCAAAAUGGUGGUGAAGCUGACAGUUUCUGCCUGGGGGGUGGCCUUUGUUUUGGUCGGGAUUCUGCUCGGUCUGACCAUACGGCUGAACCGAUGUAGGACUCUGAUCAAAAAUCCAUACUGUGAUAAUGCCUCACUGUUUAAACUCUCCUGUGAGAGUGUGUUUAUUAAUAAUGUCUAUGGCCUCACCUUCACUGUAGUCCUGUUCACAGGUUCUAUUGGCAGCAUGGUUAUCACCUAUACUAAGAUUACAGUCGUCUGUCUCACCAGUAAUAACAAAUCUUUAAACAGUAAAGCCUUGAAGACCUGCAGCACUCAUCUGCUUGUGUUUCUGAUUAUGGUGUUUAGUGGAAUGUCUAUCAUUGCGCUGCAUCGCUUCCCUCAGUACUCAGACUACAGAAAAUUUGUUGUUAUUUUGUUUCAUAUCGUCCCUGGCUGCCUCAACCCCAUUAUUUAUGGGGUUCAGUCUAAAGAGAUACGAAAAAUGUUGUCCAAGUUAUUUGAGUCCAAGAAGGUUUUGCCAUCACGGUAA